AUGUUGUGUACAAGGACACAUGUUGUGUACAAGGACACACAAGUUGUGUACAAGGACAGAAGUUGUGUACAAGGACACAUGUUGUGUACAAGGACAGAAGUUGUGUACAAGGACACGUGUUGUGUACAAGGACACAUGUUGUGUACAAGGACAGAAGUUGUGUACAAGGACACGUGUUGUGUACAAGGACACAUGUUGUGUACAAGGACAGAAGUUGUGUACAAGGACACAUGUUGUGUACAAGGACACAUGUUGUGUACAAGGACAGAUAUUGUGUACAAGGACAGAUAUUGUGUACAAGGACAGAUAUUGUGUACAAGGACAGAUGCUGUGUACAAGGACAGAUGUUGUGUACAAGGACAGAAGUUGUGUACAAGGACACGUGUUGUGUACAAGGACACAUGUUGUGUACAAGGACAGAAGUUGUGUACAAGGACACAUGUUGUGUACAAGGACACAUGUUGUGUACAAGGACAGAUGUUGUGUACAAGGACAGAUGUUGUGUACAAGGACACAUGUUGUGUACAAGGACACAUGUUGUGUACAAGGACACGUGUUGUGUACAAGGACAGAUGUUGUGUACAAGGACAGAUGUUGUGUACAAGGACACAUGUUGUGUACAAGGACACAUGUUGUGUACAAGGACACGUGUUGUGUACAUGGACAGAUGUUGUGUACAAGGACACAUGUUGUGUACAAGGACACAUGUUGUGUACAAGGACACAUGUUGUGUACAAGGACAAAUGUUGUGUACAAGGACACAUGUUGUGUACAAGGACAAAUGUUGUGUACAAGGACACAUGUUGUGUACAAGGACAGAUGUUGUGUACAAGGAUAUAUGUUGUGUACAAGGACAGAUGUUGUGUACAAUGA